GAAGGAUGUGUUUUUUUUCUCGGGAAUCAGGACGCUCGAGCCUACACCUCAUCCUGAAGGGAGGCAAGAAAGUUUGUCCCAAACCUUAAAGGACGUGUAUUCGCUUGAGCUAUGGCCUUCUUGUGACGCUGACUUUGCAGUGGUUCAAAGUCCAAAAUCUCCGAGGCAGGCCAUAUCAUUCCUAGAAGAAACCAUCAUAGUGGAAUUGAACUGGAGGAAGGACGAUGACGGCGGUUUAUAAAGAUGACCAGGAGGACUGGCUGACGGUGUGUCUCAAGUACCUGCUCUUUGUUUUCAACUUUCUCUUCUGGGUGGGUGGAGCAGCUGUUUUGGGUGUAGGAGUCUGGACACUGUUGGAGAAGAGUGACUACUUGAGUCUGCUGGCCUCCAGCACUUUUGCUGUCUCGGCAUAUAUCCUCAUCCUGGCCGGCGGCAUGGUGGUGCUUACCGGCUUCUUGGGCUGUUGCGCUGUCAUCCGGGAGCAGAAAAGCUGUCUGUCCACGUAUUUCUUCUGCCUGCUGCUGAUCUUCUUGAUUGAGCUGGUGGCUGGAGUACUGGCUUACGUCUACUACCAGAGGCUGAGUGAGGAGCUGAAGCAGCAUCUGAACCAGACCAUGACAGAUAACUACGCCCAGCCAGGGCAGGAGGCCAUCACGUUAGCCGUGGACAGACUACAACAGGACUUCAAGUGCUGUGGCAGCAACAACUCCCGCGAUUGGAUGGUGAGUGUGUACAUUUCAUCAAAGCAGGGCGAGGACAGGCUGGUGCCCGACAGCUGCUGUAAGACCGUCACGCCUCACUGUGGCAAGAGAGACCACCCGUCCAACAUCUACAAGGUGGAGGGGGGCUGCAUCACUAAGCUGGAGCAGUUUCUGGCCGACCACCUCUUGGUCAUCGGUGCUGUGGGAAUAGGAGUGGCUUGUCUGCAGGUCUGUGGGAUGGUGUUCACCAGCUGCUUGUACAAGAGGAUCAAGAUGGACCCUUACUGAACACACCAGACCCCCCCAACACACCAUCUUCAACAGGCAGAUGGAGAAAAGAAAUGACCUGCUGACACCUAAACUUCACCCUCUUGAAUCUUGAACUCUGACCUGGUGAUCUAAGCCAAGUUCCAGGUCACCUACACCGCAGUCAGAAACGAAGCACACGUUGACCAACCGGGCUGAUAGUUGUAGCUUUGUCCACCUGACUGAUCUCUGACUGUGAUGUCGGCCUGCUGGAACAACACGCCUGUUUGCAGAACUGCCUUGGCUUAGAUGCAUGCUUUAGUAUGAGCAGGACAAAACAAGGGGACAUGUCAACUAAUCGAUUAGUGGAUUUAUUUGACAGAUCUGUAAAAAAAAAAAAAAGUCCACAAAGAAUUAUGCACGACCUUGAAUCUUGUGUUUACCA